GCAAUCCAUCGUGGCACAUAGUACCGAGAUGUUUUCAAUAAGCUGUUGGGGACGAGGACAGAUCUUUACUUAUUUACAGAAUCAUCGAGAAAUAUCACAGAUUGUAUCGCUUGGCGAUUGGGCAGGCACGCGAACAUUUAAGGCUGGCCUCAAAUGGGCUAUAGCAGCUUGUAUAGUUUUCGGUUGCCGUUCAGGUCGCUGGCCUAAACAGAAAAAAGUUGUCGAUAUAUUUCAGGCUGACCCAAAUCGUUCUUCAGGCUACAACAACGGCACCCAAGUAUCGUGUCUCAACCCUUCGCCCCUCCGAGAUGUUUCAACAAUUCGGUGUUAUCGAUCAGCAUUUCAUUUGGAAGCAGUACGUCCGCAGAGACAAGAGUCUGCAUCUUCCUGAGGAAUCAAACUUCAUGAGCAAUUACCAUUGCGGAUGGAGGUACUCCAAUCCAGGGUUCCUGAGAAGGCGUUUCCUUCGCAUCUUCCGAAAGGGAUGACCACAACACAGGGAAUUGCAGUCCGUCUGAGAGUGCUGGUUACCAAAAUCGGUUGGCUGCCUUUCUGCUCGAAGCAUCAGCUCCCUCUCAAGCUCUCUACUACUGAGUACACAAGAGCUAGGCUGGGAAAGCAGGCGAAAUCUGGGAAGGGAGCACGGAAAGAUCUAGGGUCAAAAUUUCGAGACGACCGCAAAGGUGCCGAGUCGAGCCCUGCUCCAAGGCUUCCACUUUUGAUCCGUGCAGUGGAACUCCAUGUCUUGCUGGUUGUCGUCGUGGUGAUUGAGUUCGCUACCUACGUGCCCUACUUAGCUCUAAAUCACCCGAACUUUGAUUUCCUUCACCACUUGGUUCGACCUCGACACCAAGUCAAUCAGAGCCCAGAUGUCAGGAACUCAGGAAGUAUUCUGAAAUCUGUUCAGCCUGAAGGCGCAGAAUCGCUUCGCAGGUGCAUGUCCAAUUAAUCGAACAUGCUCGCGGGCGAUGUGAUGCACAACCUUGUGAACUGGGAAUCGUCGAGAAUUGGAUCUAAUUUCCUCGUCUCCUCGCAGGACUGGAGGCUCUAGAUCUGGGAGGACUUCUGGAUUGAGGAUUGGCGGGUUUAUAAGGUCGUGGCUUGCUGUACGCUAUGGAGUCGAUUCUUUCGUCAGGGUAAGCAUCGUAAGGAUAAACGGGGAUGAUGUCAUUCUCCUCGUCAUCGGAGGUGUAUAUGGUGUUGCUGAACAUAAUUGCAUCUUCAUCCGAUUGGAGUUGAUCAUCUCCAGGGGACUGGUCCGCAUGACGAGGAGAAGACAUCAUUCGAGAUAAGCAUCCCUGACGCGGUGCAGGUUCUAUCUCUUCAUCGUCCUCGUGAUACUUCUUGCUUUGAAAGGGAAGGCAGUUUGCCAUCACCCCUGGGACAUCGUCCUCUGGAUCCCAAGUCUCCUCGGGUCCACUCUCACCUGGCCCCAGGACCAUGCCCGCCAGUCUCUUGCCCCAAGGCUUAUCCUCCUCCAAAUCUGCAGGCGGCUCUUCUUGGGCCCGACAGUGCCGGCAGCCGAGCAAGCCGAGCGACAAGAUGAGGAAGGAACCACAGAGAACAACGAUGAGGAUGAUUUUGCCAGUUCUGGUUAGGAGUGCGCGUUUGUGGCCGGGCUCAAUGUCAUCGACACUGAAGGACCAAGAGUAGAUGUAGUGCAGUUGGUUGUAGCCGUAAUGGGUGCCGGCACUGAAUCCCACCCACAUGUCUUGCUCCAUCACCUCUCGCGUGGCGAAGGGUAGGACGAUCAGAGCUUUCUCGGGUUUGGAUCGGUUGGACGUGCCGAUUUGAAUGCGCACCUCCAGUAAUUCUUGAGGAGCGCUGUAGUCGAUCCAGGCAGUGAUCGGCCUGCCAUUGUUGAGGCUGAUGCCCACACUGUGAGCACUGACUUGCGCUUUGGACACAGGGUCGUCCAAAUCCACCCCCACGUGAUUGGAAUCGAUGUCGAACAACUCGUGGUUUUUGAACGAGUCGAACUCGAUCGCUAGAGUCGCGUGCUUCCUCCGCCCAUGGUGGAAGAAGCCGAAAUUGCCCCACGAAUCCCCGUUGCCUUUCGGCUGCGAGGUGAUUACGAAUACGAUGCCGUCUCCGGUGUCGGACGGGUACACUGGUUUCAUGACGAGGGUGAAGGAGGUUCUGAAGGAAGCGGUGGAGUAUGCACCUACGAAACGCAGCGGCUGCUUGUAGAAAACACUACCUUUCACGUCGGCCUUGGAGUUUCUAUUCGUGUUCUCGUAGCUUUCCGCACCCGGCGUGAGCUCCAGCACAUUGUUCCUUAGCGUCAUGUUGCCAAUCCUUGCCUUAGCCUCGAAAUUUAGUUCCUCCUCUCGGCUUUGUGUGAAUUCGGCGAAAGAGAAGGAAAUCUGCGGCAGUGGUUUUAUCGUCUUGUCCAUCGCCGCCUGGGUCAAGCGCACAAAGCUCAAUAGCGCCAGGACGAGGAGAAACCUCAUGGGUGACUCCGCCAGCCGCACGACACGCGCAGAGGGCUUGAAACGCUUAAUAUCCCGACGUUCGAGCGGGUGAAGAACAUGGCGAGCACCCUUUUCUUCGACAAAAUUAAUCCACAGCUUCCUCCGAGGCAUGGCCGGCUUCGGGUCCGUCACGAAGCUCUGCCUGGAGUUCAGAACCCGGACGUAAAUCCCAUUUGGCUGCGAACAGAUGCAAGCGCUUUAGGGUUCGGCGUGACCGUCGGGAAGAGUACACGAGGUGACAUUCAGGUCGGAGAGAGUUGCAAUGUGUGCGUUCGACUGACAGCCGUCGACUCCGUUCUCGAGGGAAAUCACUUCUGAGUGUCAUUCGUGAGAAACGAGAACGUUCUGAAGACGUGCGGAAUCGCCCCAGCUCCGACCAAGCGUCGUUUCUUGGAUGCUUGAAGAACGCAGGAUUUGGCACGCACCCUUGGGAACGAGGUUUGCAGCAUCCUCCACAGGACAAAGCAACUUUUUUCGUCUAAUCAGACGGCAGCGGAAAACGAGAGACGAGAGCGCGAGCCAAAGGAUCACGCCGACUUAUUUCUUCACAGAUUGCUGCUCUCGCUCUCCACAUGAAGAGGAGGGAACAAGAAGCGAAACACAUGGAAAAACCAGAGAAGUAACAACGAGAAACAAUGGGAAAACAACGAAAGUGGAUUCUAGGAGAAGGGAUUAGCGUCAGCGUCUAGUGAACCAUAUCCACAGCCUUGCUCCUUUCUGGCGCAAUCUCGUAGUUGGCUUGUGGGAUCGUUAGCGUCUGCGUCCGAUCUCAAUUCCGCAAAUUUCCUGGCCUCUGCCCUGUGGAUGCGCCAACUGUUUAUCGAUCAGAAAGCUCAGCCCAAUGGAGUAGAGUCCUUGCGCACUCUGCCCUCGAAGCUGCCGUGGUUGCGGGAAGAGACUCAGAGGCUGCUUGAGUGGACCCUUCUGUCAGAAGACGGUUCUAAUCUACCGCUCGAGUGUUGGUAUGAAAGGACUGAGUUUGAUGAGGGUCCUCCUGGCCAAGGCGCAUGCUCAGCUCAAGGCCUGUUGAUUUAGCUCAGAAGUUCGUCCUAAUGACCAAACGUCACAAGCAUAAACUUCGUGAGUGGAAUAAAGCCUACUCCCUGUUAAUAUCAUGGGGUAAAAUAGAUCAGUGCGCAAAUCCUCAUUUGUUUCAUAAGAUCCUGGUGCACCCGCCACUGCUGAAACUGAGGUGAACGUCCAUCCUUCAAACUUGCUGCGGUCUGAAGAGACUGACGACCAGGUAUAUGACCUCUACCAUAAACGAGAGAAAUCACUUCUAUCACUUCCUUCUGUCAAGAAAGUCCUAUGUACUCUUCUGUCUCUCAAUCUCCCUUUCAUUUAUUCUUCAGCUUGAUCACAUGAAAAAAAUAUGCUUCUGUUAUAGUACAUUUGGAUUCCGUCACUGAGCAAGUUUGAAACCUUUGGUGUAUAUCAGCAAUUUGAGCCAAAAAUGUGAUACCUAGUUCUAGAUGACAUUAAAUGUGAAGUUGUCGAACUAAUUACCAAAAUCCCAUGGUCAGCGUGAUUAGUUUCUGGGCUGUAUCUUGUCAUGAGUUCUAGGUCUCUGUAGAUCCCACGAAGCUACGAUGAUCCUACACGAUAGCCCUUCUCCUUUCUUGACUCCGUAAUGAGUUAUGAUUUAUAACUCAUUAUUGAUCAUAUUUGAUGGUAUCAUAACUUAUGAUACCAUCAAAUAUAGGAGGAGAGGACAAUGCGGAUUCUGAAAGAUGGAUCGAGGUGCUUUCCUUUACAUUGGUGGGUGAUAGGUCGAAUGAUCGAAGGCAAUUGUAGGCUUUUAUCUUCAAAUGUAGUCCUACUCGGAGAAUGUGUGCGGGAUGACUAAGAUCCAACAUCAGUAAACAUGGUGUUAUUCGUCAUAUAUUAUGACCUUUCUCCUUAGGCAAUACUGGAGUCUCAGAGGGUAUUUAGAAAAUGCUUCAGUGUCCGUAUCAAGGUCUACAGUUGUCAUAUUGGAAAAUCUCUUCUUGAGAAAGAAAGCUUAACAAUCGUAGAAGCUCUUGCCCCUGCAGUCCUGCAUCAUACCAUUGAUCUCGUUUAUAUUUAGGAGCUGUUAACUACCCACUUGUUCCAAAUAACAAAAUGGAUAUGCAGACCUUUCGUUUAUUACAGUUAUCUUUCGUGGUAAGGCUUACCAAAAAUCGAGGUGGCAUUUCAGAUUGCACCGACUCUAGGCAAGGCCAGGGUAGCACCUGAGUACCAUGCACGACCGAUGACAUUUUUAAGUGCCUUGCUUUCUCUUCUUAGAGACUUGGUAGCUUCAGAGGUGCACUUAGUGCAGUAAACCAUUGUCGAAUGAGAGAUCCUGUACUAGUAAUAAAACUGGUUGCCUUUGUUUCACAUUUAAACACUAUUGAAUGUGCUGUUUUGCUGCAAUUUGACUAGUCUGAGCUGCGUUUCUUCCACCAGGAAAACUUAGAGCUACCAGCGAAAGGACCUGCAGUUACAAUUAACAAUGUAAGUCGUAAAAACUGAUGAACUGACAUUAUUUUCCGAUGUAAAUAGCAUGGUAGUGAAGGGUCUAGAAGUAUAUACAGAAUCUUUUUUGGUCGGGCAAUCUCUAAACGUCACUGGGCAACUUGCUUAGUAAUUUUUGGCUUUGCCGUCGAUGUAACAGCUUUCACCUGAAAUAAUACAAUGACAGAGUGAACACCGCGAAUUUUUUUGUUUACUAUGCCCUGGUUUCUUUCAAAAUUUGAGUAAUCCCUGAAAUUCUAAUUCUUUCUUCUUCUAAGUUUUUCGCUUGAUACAAACGUCCAUACCAUCAGAUUCUUACAAAAUGAGUGGCCUUUUUGCAAAUGAUUCCUCCUGGUCUUUGGUGUCAAUCUUCUCUGUCGUUCGAAACUGCUUUAUGGAACUGAAGUUCCAGUUUCUUCAGCACACCACCGAGCGUAAUGAAUAUUUCCUGAAUCGAGUCCCACGAAGAUAAUUCUGCACUGGUAACAAUGGUGUCCAGUAUAAAAUUCUUGCAACCCGCUAAAAGUGUGUAUUGAGAUAAGUCAGGUGUGUGCUUGGACAGAGCGGCGAAUAUUUGUAAUUUGCAAGGUUCAGAUUUAUAUGCUGAAAUGAACGGACGAGUAGGGUUUGAAGUCCAACUAGAAUCUGAGGACACAUCAGUCCAUAAGGACAAGGAGAAGGCUUGAACCCCACCUUCCCGGAGUGGGGGAAGUUCGAACGGC